AGAGCUCUCUUUUAAGCUUCAGCAGCUGGUUUUCCUUUCCUCGUUUCACACCAGCUUUUUGCACAGUCUGCGCAAUGCUCAAAUCAACCCACAAGCCGUCCGCAAAUGCACCUGCGCCCUUGCCUCCGGGCUGGACCGAGCACAAGGCCCCGAGUGGACAUACAUACUACUACAAUGCCGCGACCAAGGAAUCGACCUACAAGCGCCCUGGUGUCGAGACCGCCAGCACGCCCGCGCCCGCGCCACCAGACCCCCGCGCAAGCUAUCGCCAGUACUCCUCCGUAGGCUCCCUCGCUGAUCCUGCCGCCGCCAACGCCUUCCUGGCACAGUACGCACCCCAACCAAGUCGCCCGCCACCGCACCGCAAUGCCAACGGCCCGGGCAGGGGCGGACACCAUGGCGGCGACAGACCGAGACCUCAGCCGCAUGAUAAGCCAAAGUCCAAGGUGCCUAUACCGGGCUUCGAGCCGUGGAUAUUGGUUUACACCAAGUAUGGGAGACGGUUCGCCUACCACCCCGAGAAGAACGCGAGCUACUGGCGCAUACCGGAGAAGAUCCUGAAGGGUGUCAUUGACCUGGACAUUCAAGGCGCACUGGACAAGGCCGACCGCACGGCGAAAGGGGACCAUGGCAAGGCGGUCGGUGCAGCAGCCGGCGACAAUCAGCGCUCAGCUCUGGCGGCGGAAGCGGCGCAAGCGGCUGAAGAUGCGGAGAUGCAGGACGACGAACAAGCGGAAGAGCUUGACUCAGACUACGAGGAAGUAGAAGUUACCGACGAUGAGGGCGCCGAGGGGGAAGAGGCGGCGGAUGGAGACGACGCACACCCCUCGAAACGGCAGCGAACAGAAGAGCCCGAGGAAGAGAUGCCGGAGGAAUUCACAGAAGACGACAUAGCAUUCCAACUGCAGGCAAUGGGCGCCGAUUAUGGUCUCGAAGCGGGUGAAUACGACGACGGCACCGAUCCCUCCACCUGGCCAGAAGGAACCGAGGGCUUACCCAUAUCCGAUGAAGAUGCGCAAGAGCUCUUCAAGGAUCUCCUGAACGACUACGGCAUCAGCCCCUUUGCCCCCUGGGACAAGCUCAUAGAGGAUGGCAAGGUUGUCGAUGACCCGCGAUACACCAUUCUCCCCAACAUGAAGAGCCGUAAGGAUACCUGGGAGGAGUGGUCGCGGGCACAGAUCCAAAUCAUCAGAGCCCGCCGGGAACGGGAGGAGAAGAAAGACCCUCGGAUACCGUACCUCGCCUUCCUGAAGGAAAAGGCAAACCCGAAGUUAUACUGGCCCGAAUUCAAGCGGAAAUUCAAGAAAGAGCAGCCGCUGCGUGACACCUCGCUGUCCGACAGGGAGCGCGAGAAGCUGUACCGCGAGUACGUGGGCAGACUGAAGGUGCCCAUAGACACGCUGAAGAAGGAUUUGUCCACCUUGCUGAAAAGCGUCCCAACCAAAGACCUCAACAACAAGACCAUGCUGGAGAAUCUGCCAAGUCAGGUGUUGGCCGAUGUGAGAUACAUAUCUCUGGACGCAAAGACUAGAGACCCGUUGAUCGAGGCAUACAUCGAAACACUGCCACCACCACUCGAGGAGGGAGAGGCUCAAGAGGACGAAGCGGCACGGAAGGCCAGGGAAGAUAGAAGGAAGCGCGAGAAGGCUCUGGAGGAUCGCGAGAGGCAGGUCGCAGAGGAGAAGCGGCGGCAAAGGCGCCAACUGGAACAUGGAAGGGCGGCCCUGAGAGAGGAGGAGCGGGAACUGGAGGCCGCAAUGAAGAUCGGCAAGCACGGCAUUCAGAGCCAAUUGCUGAAAGAACGGGAGCAGGGACUGCUCGACGAGGGCGCUGCAAAGGAAGGCGGCGGUUAGAACCACGACGGGUUGCUCUGCAUGGUCACUGUACAUAUCUCCGUGCAAUAACUGAUUUUAACGGGCGGGAAUACCCAU